AUGACACGCGUGCUGGUAAAUCGCGAGGACUGCUCGGUGCAGGUAAAGGGGGACCUCAUCACAUUCCUCUACGCCACGGUGGCCAAGGACCCGCUUGUCGUAGCGUCACGUAAUGUGACGCAGCUGCUGCGGUCUCGCAAGGAUGACACGGCUGCCAAGCUGGUGGCGGACGGCGAAUCGUACGUGCUGAAGUUCGAGUCUCUGCGGGACAGAGAGGGGUUCAUCGAAUCUAUUGUUCGCGCCCAGGAAGCGGAGCAGGCGCUGUCCAACGACGAAUGGGUGGCCUCCACCAUCUGCCACGCCGCCGUCGACGUCGGGGUCCUGGAUCAAGAAGAGCUCAGAGCAAUCAUGAGCGCGGCGGGCCAGCGCGGAGUGGAGCAGGCCUUCGACGCGCUGGAGACCCUCGUCGACCGAGAAACGUUUCAGCUGCUGCCCAUUACCGAACAGAUGGAAAACGACGUGUUGCGUCAAACUCCUGUGCUAGCGGCGAUCUUCCAGGAGCGAGUUGUGGACAAGGAGACGAAGAAGAGCUUCUGGGAGGCGGUUGUGCGCAAGUACUUCUGCUUCUCGCGUACCUUUCUAGAAGAAGACAUUCAGCGCCUGGAGGGUGCAAGGUCAGUGGCCACUGCCGCGUCUCCGCCUCUGUCUGGAAGCGCCGCAACCUCGUCCCUCUCCGUUAUCAACGCCUCGUCAAUGUGCGCGCUGCCGAAGGGCGCUGCGACCGCCAUGCUGGACACAGACAUCAACGAGGAGGAUCUCCUUCACCUGGACGAGAACGUCGAGCCGCUGCAGCAAAGCUUCCAUGGCCUCUUUGCGGCACAUCGGCAUUUGCCCGUGGGAAGUGCGAGUGUGCUCCCCGUCAAUGGGGCUGCACUGCCCUUCCCUCAAGAGACUGCAGAGCCGUCCCCUGUGUACCGGCCGCGCUUCGUCGGCUUCCGUGUGCUGCACCAGCUCCCCUCUGAAACCAUCGAGAAGGCUGCCUUGGAGACACUCCGCACGUUCUGGCGCAGCAGUGUGAAGCAGCGAAGAAGCAUCCUCGCCAAGUACACAAGGAUCAGCAAGAAGGGCGGCGGAGGUUUCAUUCAGCGCAUGUGUCUGGAGCAGGCAGACCGCGCAGUGCAGAACACCUAA